AUGCUUAUAAAUAAUAAAGAUUCGAUUAUCAUAGUCGUGAUAGAUCUAUCUAUCUAUCUAUCUAUCUAUCUAUCUAUCUAUCUAUCUAUCAAUUUCAUGGUCUAUAUUGAAAACCCAUUCAUCUAUCUAUCUAUCUAUCUAUCUAUCUAUCUAUCUAUCUAUCUAUCUAUCUAUCUAUCUCUUGCUUACCAUCUUCUACGCCAAUUUCACGAGGAUAUGCUCACUAAAGUAUCUGUCGGGGGAUCCUCAUCAGAACAAUUCAGUAUGCAUACGGGAGUUAAACAGGGCUGUGUUCUUGCUUCCAUGCUCUUUAACAUCUAUCUGGUUUCUGUGCCUCGUCUCUCUCAGUUACAUAUGGAAUCCAACGACGGAAUACGUAUCCGACAUCGCUUUGACGGAAGCGUCUUCAAUGCCCGACGUCUCAAAGCUAAGACACUGACCUCUACCAUUCCUGUCUAUGAUCUGCAAUAUACCGACAAUGCUGCCAUAGAUUCUCAUGAGGUACUCUCACUACAACAGUCCCUGACUUCAUUGCAUGAGACUUAUGCUCGCCUUGCGCGGGUUAGGGUUAGGUCCAAUAAUCGACACACUGAUGAAGACAUUCUCCGGCGGAUAAACCUCGUCUCCGCUUCCUUCGGACGUCACCGCCUCCAGAUCUUCACUAAUAGCAACAUUCGACUCACCACCAAGGUCGCUGUCUAUCGAGCUGUUGUUGUUUUAACACUGGUCUACGGCUAUUUCGCUAAUAUUCUAUCUAUCUAUCUAUCUAUCUAUCUAUCUAUCUAUCUAUCUAUCUAUCUAUCUAUCUAUCUGUCAUCAUUUCCUUUGUUCACUCGCUUAACGUUCGUCCAUGUUGGUCACCUUCGUAUUUUCUUUCCUCUCUCUCUCUCUCUCUCUAUCUCCCUCGCCCGCUACCCUCUUUCAUUUCUAGACUUAUCGCAUUUUCUCUUUAUCCCUUUCCACAUCUGCUGGUCUUCUCUCUCACUUUUUCUCUAUGAUGCUGUUGCUGCUGCUUCUUCUGUCUUUCUCAUUCUAUUUGAAACUUUCUCUCUCUUGCUUUUUCUCACUCUCACUCUCUGCAUUCUCUCACUCUUAAUCCUUUUUUCUCUCAGCUGCUUUCCUCUCUCACAAUCUAUAUUAUUCCCUCAGCUGAGUUCUCUUUUAUUUUUUCCUCUCACUUUCGCUUUUCUCUCUUUUUCUAUCUCCCAACUUUAUUUCUCUUAUUUUUUUCUACUGUUUUUGUUUAUAUUUUGUUUAUUUUCUUCCUUCUUUUUCAUCUGUCUCAAUUUAUUUGCUUCUUUGCCUUCUUCCAUUAUCUGCUAUUCUUUUUUAUUUCUUUUAUUUAUACAUUUCUUCUUCUUUUACUUUCUUUCUUUCUAUCUUUACUUAUUUCACUUUCCUUCUAUCUUUUUAUUUCUUAUGAUUUUUAUUCUUUCUAUUCCCUUUUUUCUGGAUUUUACAUUUUUCUUUUACAUUGAAAGUUAA